AUGUACCAUUACCUUGGACCUACGCACCGUGCGCAGCUCGCCACAUACAAGUACAGCAGUGGCGGAUCUUCGUUCAUCUCGACGUACGUUCUCGGUCCGUACUGGAAUUGGCUUGUGACGCUCUUCCCGACAUGGGUCGCGCCCAAUACCAUUACGCUGAGUGGCCUGCUCCUUGUGUUUGCCAACUUUCUGAGCUUGGUGGCGCUGGAUGGUGAAUUGGAUCACUCCACGCACAUGCGCACCUAUGUCCUAGCGCCGCAGGCUGAUACACUCUUGCCUGUCGUGCCGCUGCUUCCCCACGCCGGUCUGCCUGCCUCGCUGGCGACGUAUACGCCCACGUCGGAGGGCAAAGUGCCGUCAUGGCUGCUUCUCGUGUGGGCCGUGUGCCUGUUUCUGUACCAGAGCUUGGACGCCAUCGACGGCAAGCAGGCGCGGCGUACGAACAUGGCAGGCCCGCUUGGCGAGCUGUUUGAUCACGGCUGUGAUGCGCUCAAUACGACGCUGGAGACGAUCAUGGUUUCCGCUGUGACGGGGUUGGGUCGUUCGCACUGGACGAUCGUUGGCUUGGUCUCGGCCAUGUCGAACUUUUUCCUGACGACGUGGGACGAGUACCAUACCAAGACGCUCUUCCUUUCGUCGUUCUCUGGACCGGUGGAAGGUAUUCUGAUCAUUUGCGUACUGUUCAUUGCUACCGCUCUUCUCUCUCCGACCAUGUUUAUGCAGGGUGUUCUACAUGUGCUAGGCCUCGAAAAGAGCGCUUGGGUACGUGAGCAUAUGGCGUUCCUCAACAUCCCGUUGGGUGAUUUCCUGAUGGUCCUCGCGAGUCUCGGCUUGCUCAUGAACGCAUGGACAGCGUACCAGAACGUCCGCAAGCACUGCCGCCAGGAGCGACUCUCGGUUUGGUCGCCCCUGUUGGGACUUUUCCCGUUUGUCGUGCAGUGUGUCGCGAACAUUACCUGGCUCCAGGGGCAGGGUAUGCGUAUCAUGACCCAUGGUCGUGUGUUUGUGCCCUUCCUGGUCAGUUGGGGCCUGAGCUUUGCUUACCUUGUCGGCCUGGUCAUUCUCGCCCAUGUGUGUCGUCGUUCGUACCCCUUCUGGAACAUGCUACUUGUCCCUAGCGUUCUACUCGCGGUGGAUGCGCAUCUCUCGUCGCCUGUGCUGCAGCAUUCGGUGGCCAUGACAGAGUAUGCUGUGUACAGCUAUCUCGCACUUUCUUUCGCCGUGUACGGCUACUUUGUGUACGAUGUGAUUCAAACGAUCACACAAGAAACUGGCAAGCCAUGUUUCCAUGUGGUGCAGAAGCACAACGAGUAG